GGCAGCAGCCCGGUAACGCAGUUUUAGUGCUUGUAGAAAACUCUUGAAGAUGGGAGGCGCAGUGAGUGCAGGAGAAGAUAAUGAUGAAUUAAUUGAUAACCUGAAGGAGGCACAAUACAUCCGCACAGAACUGGUAGAACAGGCGUUCCGAGCCAUUGAUCGAGCAGAUUACUACCUGGAAGAGUUCAAAGACAAUGCCUACAAGGACUUGGCAUGGAAGCAUGGAAAUAUUCAUCUCUCAGCACCAUGCAUUUACUCAGAGGUGAUGGAAGCUUUGGAUCUGCAACCAGGGCUGUCAUUUUUGAAUCUUGGCAGUGGCACUGGAUAUCUGAGUUCUAUGGUUGGACUCAUCUUGGGUCCUUUUGGCGUUAACCACGGUGUGGAGCUUCAUUCCGACGUGAUCGAAUACGCCAAGCAGAAAUUGGACUUCUUCAUUAAAACGAGUGACAGCUUUGACAAAUUUGAAUUCUGUGAACCGUCUUUUGUUACCGGCAAUUGUUUAGAGAUUUCUCCAGACUGUACUCAGUAUGACCGUGUUUACUGUGGGGCUGGAGUACAGAAGGAACAUGAAGACUACAUGAAGAACCUGUUGAAAGUUGGGGGAAUUCUUGUCAUGCCUCUGGAAGAGAAGUUGACUAAGAUAACUCGAACUGGUCCUUCUGCCUGGGAGACCAAGAAGAUUCUUGCUGUUUCUUUUGCUCCUUUGAUUCAACCCAACCACGCAGAUUCAGGAAAAUCAAGGCUUGUUCACUUGCCCCCAGUGGGUGUUCGCAGCCUCCAGGAUCUGGCUCGCAUUGCCAUCCGAGGAACCAUUAAAAAAAUUAUACAUCAAGAAACAAUGAACAAAAAUGGAAACGGGCUGAAGAACCCCCCAAGAUUUAAACGAAGACGCGUGCGUCGCCGUCGCAUGGAAACUAUUGUUUUCUUGGACAAAGAGGUCUUCGCUAGUCGUAUCUCCAACCCCUCAGAUGAUAACAACAACAGCGAGGAUCUCGAGGAUGAGAGACAAGAAGAGGAAGAAACUAAACCCUCUGAACUAAAGCCAGAUCCUCCUGUAAACUUUUUGAGAGAAAAGGUCUUGAGUCUGCCUUUGCCUGAUCCCUUGAAAUAUUACCUGCUUUAUUACAGGGAAAAGUAAUUUCCUCCUUCUAGAAACUGGGAAGUAGGCAGAAAAUAAAGUACUACUUAGGGCUUGACAAAUGUAUACCACUUGCUUGCCUGCUAAUACGACCACCCAAGGCAGUAGGCUGGCUGGGGAAUGUGGCUGCUGUAUUCUUAAACAUUAUAGCUUUUUUUUUGAGUUUCUUCUUUCUUCUCAGUUGUGUGCUAUAGUUUUAUCCUACAGCAGGGAUUCCUUAGGAAGCAAGUUGGUGAAACGCUCGGCUGCUUAUGGAGAGGAGGAUUUAAUACCCCGAAACUAACUGCACAGGGAUAUUCUAAAAAUCUCACAGCUGCUCUACUGAAUGGCAGUUUUUAAAUAUUUGGAAGCAGGUCCCCAAAGAUCUUUGCUGUCUGUGCUCUCUCCCACUAAACCUGCCAUGUGUUAACCAUGAUGUGUGUUUAAUGGAGGAUGAGAUUAUUAGUAAAAACUGACCUGGCAAAUUUUGUUUCUUCCAGCAAUCUGAAAAAGCACAACUUGUACAGAGAGGAAAGAAUUUUUGGCCUCUGACCUUGUGGCAUUGAGGUUUUGAAUGAGAAGGAAAGCAUCAGCUCCACUUUGGUCUCAGUUUUGCGUAUAAAUGAGAUAUUUUUCAGGAAAAAAGUAAAAAUGUUUUACAGAAUAUUGGGUUUCUUCAUGGGAAACACCUGUUCUAGUGAAUUAGUCUAAUAGAUGCAAUUUUGGUUUGUGUUUUUUUUUUUAAAGCAUUGGAGGCAAGUGAAGAGUUGUGAAGCUGAUUUGCUUUGACAGGAUGCUGGGGUAGCCAGGGUUGUGACUGGUCUCUGGAAAUGUUUCCAGAGUAAUUCUGGGUGGGCAAGAGGGUGGAGAGGAGAUGUGUAGCAGUGAGUUUGUGAAAACUGACUGAGAGAGUGGAACCUGCAGGUUUUGCUCUUGUAGGAGAACUUCUGUCUGCUGGGCUGAGCAGGGUGAAGGCAGAGCCUGAGUGGCGUGGCUUGUGUCCCCAUAAUUCAGCCACAUAAUUUUAUGGAGGGUAUGUAGAACCUGAAAACAGUCUAGAAAGCCAAAUUCAUGCAGUUUUUAGGCAUUCGUGUGUGUGCCUCUGCUGUAGCCAGGUGGCUAGAAUACAACUUGUACACAUACGGUAGGUGGAGUGAAGUUAAUCAACUUCAGAGGUUAUUUUAUUCCUGCAACAAUUAAGUAGAUGCUUUAACGAGCUCAUAUAGAAGGAUUUUAGGCUCUGCGGUUCUGUGGAUGUAAACUCUUUAAUUUUUAUUCCCAAGUCUUCCUGUAAUGGUAAUGGAAGGAGAUACCAUGUUUAGAAGGGGGAAUUUAGUUGGUUCAGCCUGUUUGAAAAAUCUACCUAAACUGGGAAAGGCUGGAAAGAAACCCUUUGAGCUUGUGCUGAUGUGAAAUACUCCUAAAGCUGGGGGGAGUGAAAAACCCCCUCUCAGUAGAUAAUUAAGCUACGUUAAGGCAUUGCCCCAUUAGAAGCACUUAACUUGGUAUGACUUUGAUAACUUUAUUUUGGUACCAUCGCCUCAUUUUCUGAGGAAUGAAUGAAUGAAGAGUGUCUUGCCAAAAAUACGUGGGGUUUUCGACUAACGGUACUGAGUUGCACAAGUUGCUUAGUGGUAAACAGUGUUUCAAAGUUCCCUGCAGCUUUGAAAAGAAACAGCUAACUCUUGUGUGUGUAAGCCCGAGGUGGAGAAUUCUUCCUGGCUUAAUAGGCUUUUUGUAUAUCUUUGAGAAUAUUAGCUUGAUAAUACAGUGUCAUGUGGCCGCUGGCACGUAACGCGGUCGUGGGCUGUGUUUUGCUUCUGGUUUCCUAAGUCUCCACUUCUGGUCUAAAUGGGACCCCGAGUUAUCUUGCUCCCUCAGAUUUUUAUUUCUUUAUUUUAAAUGGGGCAGUUCUGGGGCCACUGAGCUGAUGGUUUCCUGUAAACAUCCAAGUGUCCCUCUUGUAAUUCUGGCAACUACGAUGAAUUUCUUUCUACAAAUGGAAAUCCUGAAUACGGUGGUAAAUGGAGGCUUAAUAGAAUCUACGUGUAAUAUUUCUCUGUGCUUCCCCAAAGGCUGUCACCUCUGUAAUUGUGAGGCAUUUCUGCUUAAUAGCUGUCAAACUAGGUCUGUGCCUUUCUGUGUUGUGGCACAAUUUCCAUAUCCCUACAGAGGGCGCCUGCUACUUUUGGCUACCGGCUCAUCCUUAAGUGUGUUAAUUGCAAAACUUAAAGAAGUUGCUUUAAAAAUAACAUUAAACUUCAGGAUUGUAUUGGUAAACCUUGCAGAGAUUCUGUUAAAGCUGACCAGUUGAGGGAGAAUUAUCUUUCAUUCAUCCCUGUUUGAUUAUUUUUUUUUUUUCCCCACCCCCAGUUGUAAAAGAUAAUUUUACCAGAUUUUUUCACCAGAUUUGCCUUUUUUAUUACAUUUGCUAGAUUUUUGUAGCUUUCUAUAAGAUGCAUAAAAUACUGCUAUUUUUUCCUGGAUAAGGUUGAAUAAAUAAAUAUAUAUAUACCGGAAAUUUAUGUUUUAGGUUGUCAAAUUGUCCCCUUGUCUAAAAGAGCCCCCACAUAUCCAAGCAAACCCAUAGGAGAAAUUUUAUGUGUAAUAUAACUGUGAAAUAGUAUUGCUUAUAGCCUGUAAAAGAAGGGGAGCUGUAAAUAGGUUUUCCCUGUGCACAAGCACUUGCACUGUAGUUUUGUAUGCAUUUCUAAUAGAGUCACUGUAGCAGAACUGCUUUUGUAUAGAUUGUAAACUGUCUAGGAAUUUUACCUGCUUUGACUGUUUCCUUUUUGUCUUCUAAGUCUUCUUUAAUUGUAUGUGACUCCUUUUAGGUUUCAAUACCGCAGUAAAUUUGCAAAAAAGAAACAAACUUCAAGCUGCUUUAAUCAUUAGUGUGGGAGUUGAGAAAUCAAUGUGUAGAAACUAGAGUUAAAUUGGCCUGAGGCAUGCAGAAGUGUUACGCAAUUUAAACUUUAUUAAUAUAAAGUGUUUCUGUAUCAAUAAAUUCAGUAAAGACUUUUUAGCCUUCUUAAAAUGGCUUUGCUUCAUGUUGUGAUGAGAAUACUUUGGAGGUAAGUACUCUUUCCCUAAUUGAAGGUUGAGACACUAGAACUCUAGAAAAAGCACUUAAUAAUACGGUGCAGAUACAUAGUUUUAGAUUAACUCCUCUGAAUAUAAUCUCUCAAAAGAAACCUGCAGGCUGAUGGUUUCUCACCCUUUGUGUGAUGGAGCUGUGCAAGGUGUGUGUUGGAACUGGCACACACAGCACUCGUCCAGAUUUAAUCUAUCAGAGUGAUUUAAGGGUGAACUCACUUUCCUGGCUGUUAGAGCUGGAGAGAACAGAUACGGAGAGUUUCUGUACUUCAAGGAAUUGUCUAAACUUGAACAGGUCAGGGGUUUGUUGAGUGCAUUCUGAACUGCAGCUCCCCCCUUGUCUCCUCUGCUCUCUUUCAGUGCUAAUUCAUGCAGGGUUUUAAGAGCUGGUGGUCAAGGUUUCCAUUUCAUGGGUAUUGACAAUAACAUUUUGGCUUCAGUUGUAAUAAGAAACUGAAUGUAAUAGUAAAUACAGCUGUUGCUUGUUAAAUAUAUCUGUUAAUCUCUAUUCCAAUAGCUGUUAACCUUCAUUCCACAGGAUAAUUAUCUCCAGUCUGUGUUUCUUCCUGUCACCUGUGUAUAUGAUAGAUGUCCUUUUACCAACUAUAACAUGAGACUAGUUCAGUGUUA